GGCUUCGUCUCAGUACGUCGGUUCGUUGCCGAGGAACGCGCAGCCGACUAUCGCGCUGACGAUCGGUUGUCAGUCUUGAUCGCCUUUUCGUCGUCGUCGUCUUUUAUCGGAAACUUUAAUCGCUCACCGACGAGUCGACGCGGUUUUCGAUGCAAUUGCCCGAAUUCCUUUCUCUUUGUUCUCCUUUUAAAUCCGUCGGGGGAGAUUACAUGAAAAGUUAUCUAACAUCGGCAUACCAUCGUCUGCCUUAUUUCUGGUUCCCAGGCGAUUCGCAAUCGAAACUCGUACCUCUUACCGUUGGUCGGAAAGUACCUGUGCCGUGUGUUUAUACCGGGUUACUCCAUUUCUUACUUAAUUAUGAGAUUGAUUUAAGAAAGAUUCUUAAAUGCAUCGGAAAAUAAUUCAAGAUCUGCCCAAGCGACCUAACGUGUAGGGUCUAGCGGUAAUUUGGCUUGACCUCCAGUGUUUAUCUCGAGGGUGUCGAGGACACCUUCGUAAAUCCGGUCGUACAAAAUCGAGGCCAAAUUGAAAAGAGACGCGGGGUUGCACAUUAUUUCCGGAAAUUUGAAUCGGUCAAGGAGCCUUUGCGGUAUCCCUCGCGGCUCGUCAAGCUCAAGGUCAUCGAACCCUUAUCCGUUAUUAUCAUUCGCGCGUCGCGAUCGGUACACCUAACAAAGUCGCGGAAUACAGUUACCGUUUGAGCCCGUUAAUAGCGUCAAGGCGAACGGCGUUUAUUAUUCGUCCACUCGUCAGUCGUCGUUCCCGAUUUAAUGGUCGCCCCCUCCACCCUGCCCCUAACGAAUGGUGCCGGAUUGAAAGUUUCCCGGUGAAAGUGUCGGGUCUCCGAAGCGAAGAGGUCGGGAUCGCCCCGAGCUGGAAUUCCCGGCAACGAAAACAGCGUGUCCAUCGGGUCGGCGAAAAAGGGAGGAAAAUGUCCAGCAGAGGAUUGACUUGUGCGGACAGAGAAGCCUUCCUCGGCAUUCUGGUUCCCCCGAAUUUUCUCAUCGACCCCGACGAAGGAAGCGAGAGCCCAGUCUUUGGUUUAGACGGUGGUGGCGCUGGAGGUGGUGGUCCACCUUUGAGGUUGGCACCUCACGAGCUGCCAAAUGAAAUCUCCGCCCCGUACGAAGUGCCGCAGUUUCCGAUCGAGCAGAUCGAAAAAAAGUUGCUCAUACAGAGGCAACUCACCGUCAAAGCCGCAAAGGACCUCGAGGAACGCCGAAGCCACUACGAGCCGUCCUUGGGUCCAGGAGUCCCCGAUGAUAUAGAUCAUCCCUUCAAUCUAGAAGAAAAUGAUUUUGUACCGCAUUUCCAACGGGUUUCCAUAUCCGGCGAGGAUACUUCCGGGGUACCACUGGAAGAUCUCCAACAAGCCUCGCAGAUGCUGGUGCAGGCCCUGGCGAUCCGGGAAAAGUAUAUGAACAAUUCCCGGCAGAGCUUCCCGUCGAUUACGUCUCGUUUCUUACGAAGCGUAGACAAAAGGCCUUUGAGCAUGGACGAAGUUCAACACGACGAGCGCAAGGCUAUCGCAGACCAUCCGGUCCACGCGCCGGCUUCAAGGGGAGACCCCUGGGAGUGUGAGUUUCCAGUCUCGAAGGGUUACAAGAUCGUCCCGGUUAACGGAGUCUUCAAUCUCUACGCGGACGAGAAGGAUCUGGCCAACGGGAAGCCGGUACCUUACUCCUAUCCGGAUUUGGCUACUUUCGUCCGGGACAUGAAUCUUCUCUGCGCGAUGAUAGCCGAUGGCCCUCUCAAGUCGUUCUGCUACAGAAGACUCAGCUACCUCUCCUCCAAGUACCAACUCCACGUACUUCUCAACGAGCUCAGAGAGCUGGCCAGUCAGAAGGCAGUUCCUCAUAGAGACUUUUAUAACAUUAGGAAGGUCGACACCCACAUUCACGCGGCUUCUUGCAUGAAUCAGAAGCACCUGCUCAGAUUUAUCAAGAAGACCUUGAAGAACCACGCUGACGAGGUUGUUACGUGCUCCAAAGCCGGGGAAACCAUGACGCUCCGUGAGGUGUUUCAGUCGAUGAACCUGACCACCUACGACCUUAGCGUGGACAUGCUCGAUGUGCACGCUGACAGGAACACUUUCCACAGGUUUGACAAGUUUAACGCCAAGUACAAUCCCAUAGGUGAAAGCCGACUUCGCGAGGUGUUCCUAAAGACUGACAAUUAUUUGAACGGGAAGUACUUUGCCAGAAUUAUUAAGGAGGUGGCCAGUGACCUGGAAGAGUCGAAAUACCAGAAUGCAGAACUGCGUCUUUCCAUUUAUGGAAAAAGCCCCGAAGAGUGGGAUAAAUUAGCUAAAUGGGCAAUUCAAAGUGACGUUUAUUCGGAUAACGUCAGAUGGUUGAUACAGAUUCCCAGACUGUACGACAUCUUCAAAUUGAACAAGCUGAUGACGCAUUUCCAAGAGAUUUUGAAUAACAUUUUCUUACCUCUCUUCGAAGUGACCAAUGAUCCCAAUUCCCAUCCGGAGCUGCACAAGUUCCUUCAAUACGUCAUAGGUUUCGACUCGGUAGAUGACGAGAGUAAACCAGAAAAUCCAUUGUUCGAUAAAGAUGUAUGCCCACCGGCCGAUUGGAACGACGUUGAAAAUCCACCCUAUGGCUACUACCAAUACUAUACCUACGCAAACAUGACGGUUCUAAAUCAUUUUAGAUCAGAUCAGGGUUUGAACACAUUCGUUUUGCGUCCUCACUGCGGUGAAGCCGGUCCUAUUCAGCAUUUAGUUUGCGGAUUCAUGAUGGCAGAAAAUAUCUCCCACGGUUUACUGUUAAGGAAAGUCCCUGUGCUACAAUACCUGUACUACUUGGCGCAAAUAGGAAUAGCCAUGUCGCCUUUGAGCAACAACUCCUUGUUCUUGAACUACCACCGCAAUCCUUUACCCGAGUAUCUUGCAAGAGGAUUGUGCGUCAGCUUGUCAACGGAUGACCCUCUUCAAUUUCACUUCACCAAGGAACCUUUAAUGGAGGAAUAUAGUAUCGCCGCGCAAGUUUGGAAACUGAGUUCGUGCGAUAUGUGCGAGCUCGCACGCAAUUCCGUACUCAUGAGUGGAUUUCCGCAUAAGAGUAAGCAGUAUUGGUUAGGGCCGAACUACACAAAAGAAGGGGUAGCCGGGAACGACAUAACGAGGACCAAUGUUCCGGACAUUCGAGUGGCCUAUCGUUACGAGACUUUGCUCGAUGAACUGUCUAAUAUUUUCAAGGUCGUCGAAAAACCUGAGCCUUUCCAGUUUUACCCUUGACUUUCUUUGCUUCGAGCAGCUCAUGCGAGCAGUUCUUCGUUAUAAAUUCAUUACUUCUGAUCGCCUAAAGAUGAUCUUAUGGAAUUUUGGCGAAACUGCGAAAUCUGUCAUCGUAGGCGUUGUGCGAUUCACCAUAUCCUCCCUUAUUUCACUGCGAUUAUUCCGUCAUUUUCAAAGCUCGUCUUUUAAGUGAGUAAAGGGGUCGUUUUAACUCGUCCUUAUUAUCCGAAGGACAACGCGAGAUGCAUUUUUUCAAUUAUCUCCCACAUAAUGGAUUUUUAUAUCGAUUCCCUGUUCUAAACCACCUACCGACAGAUAUUUCUUAUUGAAGUAAACUCAAAGGUCGAAUGACACCCCCGCUACAAGAUUGACCAAUUUCAGGAGUAGCUUUUAGGAAGUUAGUUCUGUGCGAUGAACUUAAUGCCGAAAUUCAACGAAGCUACACUUGAGUUCUUAAUGCGAUGAAUGCGAUGACGCGGGUUCCAAAUAGGUGAAUUUUUCUCGUGUCGUAUCUCUAACUCGUUAGACGGCGGUAGAUUUUCAUGGCUUUUAUCUUUAUUUUGUUAUAUUUUUAUACGUUUAUACCGUGAUCAAAUACGACAUUUGGUUGUUCCAUUGGGAGUUUAAAAUCAGUCGGCUUGCAAUCGGAUAGUUAUCUCUUAUCUUUUAAUUGACCAUUUGAAACUAAUGUCACAACUGGAAGUGAUUAACUCGAUUGUCCCAAAUCGUACUAUUUAAAUUUCAAUUCAAGCUAUUUUAUAACUGGUAAGAGAAGAACAAAUACAUACUUCUAUAUUUUAAUUUUAUUCCCUCCUUGAACUCGUUUCAGUAACUUCCCGAUUGCCGAGCCUACAAUCGACGUGUUCUUCAUUAGACGUUUAUAACCUAACCAGCCGUUACAUUCUAAUGAAAUUAUUACCACUACGAUAGAAAACAAUGUAUUUAUUGAAUAAAGUAUAUUCUACAGAAAA